AUAGCAUCCAGCAUUGCACAGCGUUGUUGAUUUCCUCUGAUGUCCCAGGGCGGAAAGUCAUGUGACGGUGCAAGCAUCUGAUCCGAAGUAUAGGUGCAUGCAAUCUGGAGUAUGCUGUAGAUCUUCAAUUCAAUCAACCACCCCCAUCAACCAUAUUCCUCACCAUCCAAUUCAUGACCAACAAUGGCCUCAUCAAUAAAACUCAUCUCCCGAGCUGCAGGCCGAGCAUCCUGCUUCCCAUUUGAGUACAGCGUCCCCCAAACCCUCCGAUCCAUCCCGCGUUCGCAAUGCAGAAAUAUAAAAACUUCUGCACAGACACCAAGAAGAGCAUCUUCUAUUCUGCUCUCUAGGAAAUUUCAACCGCGUCCAGCGCUCAAUACCAAUGUAAAUGCCGAAGUCAAUAUCAGGCAUCGUACCUUUUCAACGACUCCUCCCCGUCCCCGAUCGAAGACAAUGGGCCAGCUGAAAUCGCGCUACUCCAACGGACCUUUCUCAUGGAAAGCGGCAGUUCUCCUCGUACUGACUGGUGCUGGGAUGAUAGUGUAUUUUCGACAUGAGAAAGCGAGGUUGGAGAGGAAGCGAAUUGCGGAGCUGAGCAAGGGGGUUGGGAAGCCCAAGGUUGGGGGCCCAUUUGUGUUAAAGGAUUUGGAAGGAAAGGAGUUUACGGAGCAGGAUCUGAGGGGGAAGUAUAGCUUUGUUUACUUCGGAUUCACACACUGCCCGGAUAUUUGCCCCGAUGAGCUUGACAAAAUGGCCGACGUAAUUGAUAAGGUCAAGGAGGCGACGAAGGGACAGAAUAUCUUCCUACCGGUUUUCAUCACUUGUGAUCCGCUUCGAGAUACCCCCGAGGUUCUCAAGGCCUACCUGAAAGAAUUCCAUCCGGAUAUCAUUGGGUUGACGGGGACGUAUGAUCAGAUUAAGCAUGUGUGCAAGCAGUAUCGGGUCUAUUUCAGCACUCCGCGGGACGUGAAGCCCGGCGAGGAUUAUUUGGUGGAUCACAGUAUUUACUUUUAUUUGAUGGAUCCCGAUGGUGACUUCGUGGAGUGUAUCGGCCGGCAGGAUACUCCCGAAACGGCGACGGGAACAAUUAUGGAGCAUAUCAAUGAUUGGAAGAGAGAGGGCAAACCAUUGAACACAAAAUGAUGCUGCGGAUCAGAAGGUAAUGGUAAUGUGCGUUAAGGACAAAAAGAAUCUGGCUGUAUUAUAGCGAAUACCCUACUUACUCUAGCUGCGGCAUUUGAUAUAGUUGGACGGUAUGGAUAUUCUGAUGUGCUAUU